GUACGUGAUGUCCUUUCGUAUCAAUCUCAUGGGUCUCUAGAGCUAUCAACUCAACAUUAUACCAUUCACGCACCACAAUGGAGACAGACACGCCUUUAUAUAUUCCCCGAUAUAGAUAUUAUGAUGAUAUCUUCUUCGUCAAAGCACACCAAAUCGUCUAUUUGGCCCUCGCAGUAGUACCCGGCCGUUGAACUUUAGAGAUGACUGGCGUUGCCCCUUAUAAUAUCAUGAAAUAACCAUGAGUCAGUCGUAUUCAACGACAACGAAGCCUCCAAGUGUGAUGCUUCUGUUUCAAGUUAGCCUAUCACCAGGUCGCUGUCGCUAGACGACCGCCAACACCUGGCAUGGAUACCUGACGUGGUUAUAGCCUCAAUAGCUAUCUCAGCAACAAAUAAGCUGAGCAAACAACUUAGUCACUUACCUCAGGGCUACCUUGUAUUUGAAUUCGCCUUUUUCAUACAUGCAGCUUUGUAAAAACUCAAACCAGGUCUUGACUCUUCACAUCUUCAAUAAGUCUACUACGUUGGUUCGACCGCGAUGGCUCAAUCCACCAAGAAAGACAUUGACGGGCUCGCCAAUCAAUCAGCCAAUGACCAAGCUGUCAAACAGCCUCAGCCUCAGCUAACGACGACAUGUCAAAAGACUAAGGCUACCGAAGAGCAAACUGAUUCCGGCUCUUUCUUAUGCAUGCUAGAACCUCUUUCUGGUCACAACAUGGUUCUCGAUAUGACUCGAUACUUCGCUACUCAGAUCCUCCAUCUGUCCCAAGAAAAGGACAACCUCAAAGACCAGAUGGCCGAUCUCACGAAGCAGGCAGCCGAUAUACUGCUGCAUCUACAGAAGCCCGUCGGUGCACACAGUCCAGCCACACAACCUCUUCAGCAAGCAGGAAAACCAAGCCCCGUCGAACAGGCCCUUCAGUCUACCCCCAGAACCCCAGCAAUCUCACAGCUCAAACGAGGUGAUGUUGGCCGGUUCAACCCUAGUCACCUCGACGAGCGGGGCGCGGGCAUGGUGACCGAUGGCUGCACCUUGGUCUUCACCGACGUGGACCUCUUCGUCGAGCACAUCGAAUCCUUCCUGCAAGACCCUCUCGCAGCCGCAGCCAACGAGAGGCAAAUCCUGCAGUGGCUCGAGGCCCUGCUCAACGGCCCGGCAGCCAUGUGGUGGAGCCACGAGCUAACGCGCGUCGACCGGCGCGCCCUGCGACUCGCGGGCCUGUCCGAGAUCCUGGUGGACCUGGAGCGCCGGUUCCGCCUCACCCCGGCGGUGGCGGCGGUCAAGUUCGAGCACGGCAAGCUGCGUCUCCGGGACGUCGCCUUCGACGAGAACAGGCCGAUGCAGUUCGUCCGGAUGAAGCUGCGAUACGCGAGAGCGAUGGAGCUCCUGGACGAGGACAACACCGAGUGGUUGUUUGUCAUGCUCCAGAUCUGGUUCAGCAUGGACGUCGACAUCAGGGCGGUUUUGAGCCCGCCUUUCCCGUCGCAGACGCUUGACCUCUACUUGGAGGAAAUCGACAAGACGACACCGGAUCUCAUGAGCCGGGCGCUGAAGCUUCACUGUUGA